AUGAAGUUCCAAGUUGUUUUGUCCACCCUUUUGGCAUGUUCGUCUGCCGUCGUUGCAAGUCCAAUUGAGAACUUAUUCAGAUAUAAGAGCACCAAGGCAUCUCACGGAAAAGGUAUUAACUCUACCUUGCCAACAUGGAAUGGAUCUAAUACAAGUAAUGUAACCUAUGCUAACGAAACAAACAGUACUUCUAAUACUACUACUUCCGAAAGCAGCCAAUUACAAAUCAUCGUAACAGGUGGUCAAGUGCCAAUUACCAACAGCUCUUUGACACAUACAAACUACACUAGACUAUUCAACAGUUCCUCUGCUUUGAAUAUUACCGAAUUGUACAAUGUUGCUCGUGUUGUCAAUGAAACAAUCCAAGACAAAUCGUCUUCUGGUGCUGUUGUUGUCACAAAUGCCAAGUCUUUGGAAGCCGUCUCCUUCUUCCUCUCGAUUGUCUUUGACACUAACAAGCCAGUUAUUGUCACCGAAGAUUCCGCCUAUGCUAUUCCAGUGGUUAAUGAUAAGAAUGCUGCCAAGCGUGGUGUAUUGUCCGUUACUUCUGAUAAAUUAGUGUACUCCGGCGUUUUCACUCCACCAACUGCUUGUUCGUAUGGUGCUGGUUUGCCAGUUGCUAUCGUCGAUGAUCAAGAUGAAGUUAAGUGGUUCUUUGGUGCUUCUAAGCCAACUUUAAUUUCUUCUAGCUCUGUCAUCAGAAAGGAAUACCGUAAUUUCACCAGUCCAUUUGGUCUCUUAGAAAAUGGUGUACCAAUUGUUCCAAUUGUCUAUGACGGUGGUUACUCCAGCAGUUUGAUCGACUCUUUGAGUUCUGCUGUUCAAGGUUUGGUUGUUGUCUCUUCUGGUUCUACCAACUCAACCUCAUCUUCCAUUGAAAGCACUAAGAUCCCAGUUGUGUACGCUCAAGCCAACACUCCAUUGAACUUUAUCGAUAACAAAGAUGUUCCAAAGAGUGCCGUAGGCGCCGGCUACUUGUCUCCAAUCAAGGCUCAAAUCUUGUUGUCCAUUGCUGCUCUUAACGGUGUCACCUCCAAGUCUGCUUUGGAAAACAUUUUCCCAUGA